AACUUCAAAAAUCAGUCUUCUUCGCCAGAGAAGAUACGAAAAUCCUCGACAUUUAGAACUUCAAAAUUCUGUCUCCUUCCUGGAGAAGAUCCGAGAAUCCUCGACGGAAGUCGGCAAUGGGCGAAUGAUCCUGGUAGUCGUGCCCAACAGCUAUCUGUGAAACGCAUCAUUGAAUUGAAUUGAAUUGAAUUUCAUUGUUGUCGCAUUAUUUUUUUGUAUGAAACAUCCAUUUAUAAAUUCCGAAAAACAAGCAUUCGAUCUUCGACAAAUUAAAAUAUGGGGUCCCGGCCUGGAACCGCAAAAUAUUGUUAUGCCUGCGAGAUAUUUUUUUAUUGAUGCCACCAAUGUGCACUUUAAUAGACUUGCAGAUUAUUUGUCCAUAGUGGUUGAUGGUACCACAGUCCAAAAAAGACCGUGUCGGAUUUGGACCAACAUAUUAGACAGAAAAGAUGGAUUGGUAAUCGUCAGAUAUAAGAUUUACGAACAGUGUACUUAUCUAAAAAUUAUUGUUCAUUUUGAUGGCAACUUGGUUGGUAAUUCACCAUACAUAAUUAAUGAAAACGUUUCUCCUGAGUGCAACUGCCCUAGGCAAAAUAUUACUGAGUUUAUUAAGAAAUGGCACUGUGGUAAAGUUCCUAGGCAAAUUAAUAGUGAUUUCCUUGUAUUUAAAACUAUUGAUUGGAACCAUAUCAGAAAGAGAAUUAUUGAUAAUUUCGAUAAACCUCAUUCUAUAAGUUUGUGCCACUAUGUAGUAAAGCAAAAUAGUAUAUUUAGGAAAUGUUAUGGAAAAUAUGUUGGAUUUAAUAUGUUUUCUGAUGCAAUUUUGUUGUCACUUGCAAAAAAAGUAAAUCUUCCAGAUUUGGAAUUUUUUGUAAAUUUGGGUGAUUGGCCACUCUCACUAAAGUCAUCAUCAGAUAUUUAUCCAAUUUUUUCAUGGUGUGGGAGUGAUGAUAGCUAUGAUAUUGUUAUGCCUACUUAUCAGCUUACUGAAGCAUCACUGGAAAAUAUGGGCAGGGUUAUGCUUGACAUGUUAUCAGUGCAAGGUAAUGUGGAAGAUGUUUGGGAGCAAAGACAACCCAGAUUGUUUUGGAGAGGACGGGAUUCUAACCGCUAUCGCUUAGAUCUAAUCAAAUUAUCCAAGAGGUAUCCAAAUCUAUUUAAUGUCUCCUUAACCAAUUUUUUCUUUCAUAAAGAAGAGGAACACAUCUAUGGACCAAAGAGUGAUCAUGUAUCUUUUUUUGAUUUUUUCAGAUUCAAAUAUCAAAUAGCUAUUGAUGGCACUGUGGCUCCAUAUCGAAUGCCUUUCUUGUUUGGAGGAGGUUCUCUUAUCUUUAAGCCACAUUCAAAGUAUUAUGAACACUUUUAUAAAGAUCUGGAACCUAAUUAUCACUAUGUUCCUUUAAAUGAGGAUUUGUCUGAUCUUCUAGAAAAAUUACAUUGGGCCCAAGAAAAUGAUUCAAAAGCGAAAGAAAUAGCCAGCAAUGGUCAGAAGUUUGCUAAUAAGCACUUGUUGCCACAACAUAUAUUUUGUUAUCAUAUCCAUUUGUUAAAUGAGUUAAGAAAAAAGAUAACUAGUAAAGUUGAUAUUCUGGAAGGGAUGGAGUAUGUUGAACAAAAAUCGGAUGCUCAGUGUGAUUGCUCAAUGGAAUCAAGAAAGAAAGAUGAAUUAUAAAGACAAAU